AUGGCGCUGGAUUUAGACGAAGGCUACGUGGCUCCCGGCCUGGCUUCAGGCGUGGAGACCACGCUCCCCAUCUUCAACGUCGAACGAGUGCAACUGCAGUUCAACAUCGCCUCUGAUUUCGUGGCCGGCCAGGUCGCCAACAACGUACUGAUUCUCGCACUUGCCACGGGGCGCAUCUUGCGGAUCGAUCUCGAGAGCCCCUCGGACAUCGACGAUGUCGACCUGCCCAAAAAGACCAGCGAGGUCGGGCUCAUCCGCCGCAUGUUCCUCGACCCUUCGGCGUCCCAUUUGAUCAUCACCACCACGCUGGGGGAGAACUUCUACCUGCACAGCCAAUCGAAGCAGCCUAAAGCACUGUCUAGGCUAAAAGGCAUAUCCAUUGAGUCUAUCGCUUGGAACCCUUCACAACCCACCGCCUCUACGCGAGAGAUCUUGGUCGGCGCGGUGGAUGGGAAUGUCUACGAGAUAUACAUUGAGCCGGCAUCAGAGUUCUACCGCCGCGAAGAACGUUAUUGCACACAUGUUUGGAAGAUCCCAGAUGGCGCCGUCACGGGCCUUUGGGCAGAGACAAUUGACGGCAAGGCGGACAUACGGAGAGUGAUUGUGGCGUCACAUUCGAGACUAUGUCACUGGAUAGGCAAGACGGGCGGACGAGGAAAGGAAGGUUCAGCCUCCAUCUAUGCCGAACUGUUCUCGAAGGAAGCUCCUGUCACUCAUGACACCACCGGCGCCUCCGCCAUUGCGCCGUCAUCGUUUUCGGUGUCGCCCGAGUCACAAGAUGCUGGCCCGGACUCGUAUCGCAGUUUUGCUUGGUUAUAUUCCCAGGGCGUCUUGACUGGGAAGUUGUUGACCUCCCCAACGUCGUCCAGUCUAGGCUCCAAGAUUUUCAGUGAGGCUAGACUUCACCCUCGCUCCGUGUUUCCGGAAACCAUAUCUGCUCGCGGUGGACGAAAGUUGAUACAAGAUCCCAUUGUCUCGGCUAUCCUGUCUCAAUGGCACGUCUUAGCCCUUGCCGAAGGUCGAAUAGUUGCUGUCAAUCGCCUUGAUGGCAGCGUUGUUUACGACCAGGCGGUGUUGGAACCUGGACAGUCAGCUCUUGGCUUGGUAGUGGAUCAGAAGAAGAACACAUAUUGGCUUUUUACCAGCCAAGAAAUCUUCGAGGUGGUGGCAAAUGACGAGGAGCGGGAUAUCUGGAAGAUCAUGCUCAAGCAACAAGAUUACGAUGCUGCUCUUCGUUAUGCCAAAGGAGCGGCACAGAAGGACUCUGUCGCAACUGCUUCAGGAGACUACCUGUCGAGCAAAGGGCAAUACUUGGAGGCGGCGAGCGUUUGGGGAAAGAGCAGCAAAGCCUUUGAGGAAGUCUGCCUGUCGUUGAUUGACAAUGGGCAGGAAGAAGCUUUGAGGAGAUACCUAUUGGCCAAGCUGGCCUCAUACAAGAAGUCUUCGGUCAUGCAACGAGUGAUGAUAGCAACAUGGCUCGUCCAGAUCUUCAUGGCCAAGUUGAACUCGCUCGAUGACAUGAUUGCCACCAAAGCGGAACUGCUGGAGCACACCGACGCCGGCGGUGCGAAACGAGAUUUGGAACAGACUCGAAACGAAUUCCAAGAAUUUGUGACCAAAUACAAAUCGGAUCUUGAUGCGAAGACAGUCUAUGAAGUCAUCUCGAGCCACGACAGAGAAGAGGAGCUUCUGUUCUUUGCCAACGCCAUCGCCGACUACGACUAUGUUCUCUCGUACUGGGUGCAGCGAGAAAAAUGGAACGAGGCACUGUCGGUUCUUAACAAGCAAAGCAAUCCCGAGACAUUCUAUCGGUAUAGCAAUGUGCUCAUGACGCAUGUUGCAAUUGGGCUGGUGGAGAUCCUAAUGCGAAGAAGCAAUCUCGACCCGCAAAAGCUCGUCCCAGCACUCCUAAGCUACAACGAGAACGCCAAUGUUCCGUUGAACCAGAAUCAGUCGGUGCGUUACUUGAAUUUUGUUGUGACGAACAACUUCGAGGUGCCUGCCUCUGUACACAACGCCCUCAUUUCGAUCAUGGCGUCACAUCCAUCGCCAUCGGAAACUAUGCUACUGGGAUACCUUGAAAGUCAACCCUCUCCUCCGUUCUACGACGCGGACUUCGCUUUAAGGCUUUGCAUUCAGCAUAACCGAGUACAGUCAUGUGUGCACAUCUACAGUACCAUGGGACAAUAUCAGCAAGCGGUGGAACUGGCACUGCAGCACGAUGAUAUCGACCUGGCGGCAAUCGUCGCCGAUCGACUGGAGGGCAAUGACAAAGUCAGAAAAAGGUUAUGGCUUCUGAUUGCAGAGAAGAAGAUCAAGGAAGCUGCGUCUAUUAAAGAAGCGAUCGGUUUCUUGAAGAGAUGCGAGCUGCUCAAAAUCGAAGACCUUAUUCCUUUUUUCCCUGACUUCGUGGUGAUCGACGAUUUCAAAGAGGAGAUAUGCGAGGCUCUCGAGGAGUAUUCGCGACACAUUGACAACCUCAAGCAGGAAAUGGAUCUCUCGCAACACACUGCAGAGCAAAUCAAAGCCGAGAUUGCAGCACUAGACCACCGUUAUGCCAUCGUGGAAGCAGGCGAGCGGUGUUGGAUCUGCACGCUACCAGUCUUGAGCCGGCAAUUUUUCGUGUUCCCCUGUCAGCACGCCUUCCACAGCGACUGCCUGGGCAAACGCGUGCUUGAGAGUUCGGGGAGCAGUAAGAGGAAACGGAUCAAGGACCUCCAGGCGGAGGUCAACCAGGGCUUGAGUGUGGGUGUGCAACGACAAAAGCUAGUUGCCGAGUUGGACGGAUUGGUCGCUGAGCAAUGCGUUCUGUGCGGGGAUCUGGGCAUCAAGCAGGUUGAUGAGCCCUUCAUCCAUGAGGGUGAUGAUGUGGAAGCUUGGGCUAUCUGA